CCUCCGCUGAAGCACCUUCUUCCGCCCUUACUGGCGCCACUUCCGCUGAAGCACCUUCUUCCGCCCUUACUGGCGCCACUUCCGCUGAAGCACCUUCUUCCGCCCUUAACUAGGGCGCCUGUAACCCAAGCACUUCCGCCCUCACGCAAGCCCAGCUUUCCAACAGUUAUGGAUUUCCGCGCGUACCAUCAACUAGCCAAUCAGAGCCUGCAUGAGGCUGGACUCGGCCGAAGCGAACGCUAAUUGGAGCUCUCUACCUCAUGGCUGCUUGGGUUUGGACAUCCCAGCUCCGGCCAGGAGACGGUGCAUGAACAUGAAUUGCUGUGGCCUCUUGGGUGCCUCAGGAUCGUCCCAAAGCACGUUUUCCGAGACAAGCAUCUUGCAGCCUUAGCAAUCCGGGCCUCCCCAGGGUCAAAGGCCACAGCAGUCAACCUGCAGCGGCGGCCGCUGACCCACCAGUCCCGAUGGGCCCCACGGAAGGCACGGCGAGGCCAGGGCGCUUCUUCGGUGUCUACCUGCUCUACUGUCUGAACCCUCGGCAUCGGGGCCGCGUCUACGUAGGGUUCACCGUUAACCCUGCUCGCCGAGUUCAACAGCACAAUGGGGGCCGCAGAAAAGGCGGGGCCUGGCGGACGAGUGGUAGAGGGCCCUGGGAGAUGGUGCUCGUCGUGCACGGCUUCCCGUCCGCCGUGGCCUCUCUUCGGUUCGAAUGGGCCUGGCAGCACCCGCACGCCUCGCGCCGCCUGGCGCACGUGGGACAGCGCGCGCGCGGCGAGGCGUCCUUUGCGUUCCACCUGCGCGUGCUGGCGCACAUGCUACAGGUGCCGCCCUGGGCGCGCCUCCCGCUCACCGUGCGCUGGCUGCGCGCCGACUUCCGCCAGGACCUCUGCCCACCGCCGCCGCCCCACAUGCCGCUGGCCUUUGGGCCGCCUCCGCCGCGAGGCCCGAGGCGUGGAGAUGUUCCCAGUGUCGACCGAGAGUCGGAGCUGGGCGCCGAGGCCCACUGCGCUGUGUGCGCCCGCACCCUCCAGGAUGAAGAAAGCCCUCUGUGUUGCCCGCAUCCUGGCUGCCCUCUAAGGGCCCACGUGAUCUGCCUCGCAGAGGAAUUCCUUCAAGAGGAGCCAGGGCAACUUUUGCCCCUAGAGGGCCAAUGCCCUGGCUGUAAGAACUCAUUGCUGUGGGGAGACCUGAUAAGGCUGUCCCAGACAGGAACCAAGGAGAAUGAGGAAGACUCAGAAUUAGAAGAGGAACACUGGACAGACUUGCUGGAGAACUGACCCCAGUGUCCCCAAACCCCCACUGCUUUUCUCUGCCACUGUUUUUCACUUGUGUAAAAUAAAGAGCCUAAGUUAAGGGUACCUUCUGGUUUUUGCAGGGGGGUGGAGAGAGGAGGCAGAGGC